UUUUAGCAAUGUUUGAAGAUAAAUCUCAAAUAAGUAAUACUAACGAAUGGUAUCAAAAAGUACAAAUGUGUCGGCGUGUGCCACCACGACUUUCACCGAUCGACAGAUACGAUAAACCGGAAUGCUAUGCGUUGUCCUUACGAAAUGCACAACUUCCUGGUUUAAAAAUGGACAUGUCAUAUCGCAUCCAUGCCUAUUUCUACGAUAAACAGCGGAAGUAUUAUUUCGGGAAACCGUUUUGCGGGAGAUGGUGCCGUUCUGGUUCUGAUUCCAUACUUUUUACUGAGGUAAUCUUCUUCUGGUGCCCAUUUACCGAUAAUAUUGACAUUGUCAUGGAAUUGGUCGAGGGAGAGCAGAAAGGAGAAAACUGGAGUCGUCUAUACACAGCGGCAUGGACUUUGUUAUCGUUGGGAAAUGAGGAAAAUUCGACUGCCUUCCACAGACUGCCACUGUAUCCGGGGUCUCCAAAAGCGUUAUUUUUCAUGGCUUCUGAGGUGGAAAUGGCAGAACUUUCUCGAAGGGCAAAUAUCGGUCUAGAAAUUUGCUUACAAACAUAUCAAAAAAUGUAUGAUGUAUUGGACUUCAUUCCUGAAUGGUACAUGUUUGACCAAUGGGAAGAUAUUCCUGGAUUGCAAACAUCUUAUGAUGACGAAUCUCAAGCCGCUCUUCCAGAGGCCCUGAAAGGUCGAACGUUCCUUCUAAGCGAGAUAAAUUUAUCAUUCGGCAUGGAUGUCUACAAAUUUGAGCAAAUCCUACUUCAUUUGAUGAAUAAUGACAGACUUUACCGAGCAAACAGGUCACCGGCAGACAUCAAUGUUAAGAUGAUGGAGGUUCUCGAACGAAGAAUCACGAUUGGGGUGCAUAAUGGUCUGUGCUAUGUCGAGAAGCCGCAGUGUUUGCAUCUUAGUUCGACGGAAAAUCAAAUUUGCAGCACCUCAAAAAUGAGACGGAAUAAACUGACGACAAAAUCAAAUUUAACAUCGCAGUCUCGGAGUUUGUUCAUGAAUGGGAGUGUGAUCUUAAAUAGAAUGAUUGCAGAUCCUCAUUUUGCUAUCACCUUCUCAUUGGACUAUCUCGUUGGAGUUUAUUCUUGUGAUGGUACAGUACAUUCAUCGCAGUCGGUGAUGGUCUGCUGGGGUGCUUGGUGUCCGUUUGCUGUAGAUAUCGUGCCGGAUGGCGAGAUUACUGUACCUUUAGUCGGAGGACCAAAUAUCAAUCCAGAUGAACGUCUGGCGUUCAAAAACUCGCUUGCGUUUCGUUCUGAUUUGCCCUUUUGCAACCAGUUGCCAAGGACUGAAAUUACCUUUAUGUGUUCAGGACUUGGAGAGGUUGGACAACUGCUAAAUACUUCAUCACGCAUCAACAAUGAGCCGAAUAUGGAAACUAUCAGACAUCAAGUUAACUCAACUAAUGCUGCUCAAAAUUCUGAACGAGUAUGCGAAAAUAGGCACGAAAACAAGUCGUUGUCGUUCUUAUUACUGGAAGAAAAAUUUGUUGGAAAAGUUUCCUCCAAUGAUGAGCGGGAAUGUGACACUGAUACGAGCGUGAAAAUUUAUAGCCUGCCAUUAGUGAGCGCAGCGAACAUAUCUCGUGCACCUCUUACUGUCUUUGCCGACAUUCCAUUCACUCCUAUAAAAGAUCGUAACGGAAACAAACCGAAAGUUGUUGACAUUGAAAAUUUCCCGGCUCCAGACACCAAUAUUGAAUUGAACGAUAAACUGAAUACGAAUGAAACCAUUAUACAGUUUCUGGCCAUUAAAAUCAGCUGUGGAGAAAAUGAUUACAUUAAGACACCAACUGCAGUAUUCUUUACAAUUGACUUCUAUCGCUUCUAUACAGUUACAACUGAAAGAUUGUGGUUGGAUAUAGUUCACGCAAAGACAAGCCUUCGCGAACAGUUAUUCGUUUUGAAUCGCAGAGGAAACAUUGACGAGAUCGCCAAGGAAGACUGCAAUGGCUUCACUGUGAGAUAUAUGGUUGAUGGGAAUUCGCUUGCAGAUGGGGACAAGGAGGAUUACAUCGAUUAUCUUUCAAAUGGUCAUGCGAUUGUUGAUGUAUGGGAUGCCGAUUCCUUGUUACCUCUUGGCAAAACAUAUAUUCCACUUAAGUCCUUGCUGAGACAUGGAUCUGAAGCAGUACAAGCUGAUAUACAAAGUGCGGUAGUGCUCAGUUUUCCUGAAUCAUCCAUCAUAACAUGUCAAGUAUUGCUUCGAUUAGCCAAUAUUGGACAUCCAUGCCUUAAACAGAUAGAUUCAAUGCAAAGUCGAACAAGCGCAGUUGUAAGUCAACAGUUAACUCGAAUUGGUCAAAAUGGCUAUGAAUCGUACAAGAUUAGAGCUAAACCACUGAACCCUAUCCAUGAAAAUUCGCUGCAACGUUUCCUGGCUGCUCAAAGAUUGGAUAUAGAUCAGCGUUACAAUGAAAUUAUGAACGGUGUACUGCUAGGAGCAAAAAACCAAAAUCAAGUAAUGAGACCACUCACGACAAAAGGAUCAAUGAAAAGGUAUCUGUUUCAGCAGGAACUGGAAGCGUACAAAAAACUGCGUGCCGAAGAUAAGGCAUCGAAAUUGUUAAAAGUUGUUUUCAAUGCGAUAACUACGGAAUAUCGCAUUUAUCCAAAAUAUGGUCAAGUCGUAUUUUUCGAAUACAUGCUUCAAAAUACUGAACCAGACUCGGCUGUCAUCGUUGUGGACACUGGUCAGGAUACGUUAAGACCGCUUUUCGAUAUGGAAUUAUGGCAACAUUACAAAAAUAUGUACGGGAUUAAAACUCCAUUUGAAAGAGAUCUUUAUCAAAUAUCGAAAGAAAAUGAACAAGUUACCGAAGUAUAUAUAUUCCUGAAACCCAUGGAAACCAUAUGUGCACCGUUUAUUUACGAUGGAUUUGCGUUACCUCAGGAACAAAUCAGAAAUCAAGUUAAAAUAAUAUUCAAGAAGAAAAAUGGUGGUGAACCGAUAGCAAUCUUAGAUUUGUUGGUUGGAAAUCGUCAUAACAUUAUUUCUAAUUCAUUUCGUUUCUAUCACGAAGCAGAAACAACAUUGUCCAGAAUUAUUCACAUUACCGGAUAUAAAAGUCGUGUGUUUUCCAUUCGCUGUACAGAUCCCCUUGUACUGACCUCAUUUAAAAAUAAUUGCGAUGGCUCUCAGGACUUACACUUUACGUGUCAAACUGGUAAAGCACCGAUGUUGCGAACAUUCACAGUGAUUUUUUUUGCUGAUCAAUAUUAUAACACGGUUUUGGGAGCAUGGUUAAUACAUAUUCAUGCGGUGAAUCAAAUCAAUCUGAAUGCCGUUCGAGCACAGCUCAUCAAAAUCCCCAUCGUUUUGAAAACUAAUGAUAACUGCGGUGGUCUGGUUCAUUUUGGAAGCUCUUCAAAAAAUUUUGAGAUUCAUCCAGCAGAUGCAGAUGCAGUACAACAUGGCGGCACUUUGAAUGCUAUGGUUCAUUUCCUGCCUGGUUUCACAGGUUCUCGUAUGAUGCUGGUUUCGGCAACUGAUCAACGAAAAUGUCAUUUAUUGUAUCAAUGGAUGAUUGCAGUAAAUGUGCGAGAAGCCAACAUCACUAAAAUAUUCGAAGUUUAUUUGCAAAAUAGCGGGAAUCAAGAAGUUAAAUUAGCUGUAAGGAAUCGAUAUAGCGUGGAACGGUCAUUUCGGAUUUCUUGUUCGCAUCCAGAAUAUGUCCGGAUUGAAAAUGAUAUUGUCAUGCUUUCUGGCUACAAAACAACUGACGUUCCUAUCACAUUCCUACUAAAUGUUGGAUUGAAAUUGCCCGAAGUGCUUAUAUUUGUUACGAAUGUGGAAAAUAAUCUUCAGGAAGAAGCUUAUUCUAUGAAAUUGAUUUAUCAUGAUUAG